GAGGUAUUGCCGCGAGUGGUGGAUGACCGCAGACGCGCGGGUGACGACGAGAGACGCGCUGAGCCCGACAGACCUUUGCCUCAACUUCGAGUACUCCAGUUGGGAGUUCAAGGGCCCCGCCGCGUGGACUGCCGCCAGCAACGUCGAGUUUAACCUCGCCGUUUAA